GCAACACAUCCAUACCUACCCCUCUCAAUCAUGGGCAACCCCAAUCUCUUCCAAACCCUAAUUCUUCUUCUCAACUUGGGGUUUUUGCACCUCUCCCUAGCAUGCCCAUAUUGUCCAAACCCAAGCCCUAAACACCCACCAAAGGUCAAGCCACCGCCGCCUUGCCCGCCCGAGUCGCCACCCUCUCAUCACCAUACCCCUCAUGUGCCUAAGCCACCCAUCCACCACCCCCCUAACCACCCGAACCCAUCACCGCACGUGCCUAAACCCCCCGUUCCCCGCCCCCCGCUCAACCCUAAACCGCCACAUACCCCUAAACCCCCCAUUGUAUACCCCCCGGUCAACCCUAAACCACCCAUUGUAUACCCCCCGGUCAACCCUAAACCACCCAUUGUAUACCCCCCGGUUAACCCUAAACCACCCGUUGUCUAUCCCCCGGUUAACCCUAAACCACCCGUUGUCUAUCCCCCGGUAAACCCUAAACCGCCCGUUGUAUACCCCCCAGUUAACCCUAAACCACCCGUUGUAUACCCCCCAGUUAACCCUAAACCACCCGUUGUCUAUCCCCCGGUAAACCCUAAACCGCCCGUUGUAUACCCCCCGGUUAACCCUAAACCGCCCGUUGUAUACCCUCCGGUCACCCCGGCCCCACCAACCAAUCCCGGCCCCCCAACCGUGACCCCACCGACAACUCCAACCCUACCGCCGCCAGAGACGCCAUGUCCGCCGCCUCCACCGCCCGUGUCGCCGCCACAAACAUGCCCGACGCUGAAGCUAGACGCGUGUGUGGACGUGCUAGGCGGCUUGAUCCACAUAGGGAUCGGAAGCGGGGCGAAGGAGACGUGCUGCCCGGUCCUCGGCGGGCUGCUGGACCUAGACGCGGCGCUGUGCCUCUGCACGACCAUUAAAGCGAAGCUGCUCAACAUCAACAUCAUCAUUCCUAUAGCUCUUCAACUCCUCCUCGAAUGCGGGAAGACUCCACCUUCUGGCUUCCAAUGCGCUGCUUGAACAAUCUAUGCUACCUUUCUCCAAAAUUAAUUGUGUUAGGGCUUAUCGUUUCCUUUUUUUUUUUGAAUUUGCGUUGUAAUUUUCUGAUUCGAAACGAACGUUGGUACUACUAUUCGUAACA